AUGUCGUUAUCAGAGAAGAUGGUGAUAUCGAUACCACCGCCUGCCAGGUGUGCUCCGGGCCCAAUCAGUCCUAGUGGUACCACCCUGGUCGACCUCGAGAAGGAGAUCGCUCAGAUCCUCUCCGAGAAGGCCGCCUCUGAUCUCGAAGCGCAGACGAGCAGCAAGAAGCCAAACCGCCUGGCAACAGUCCGGUACCUCAUCCUCAACAUCUACCGGCGGCUCUUCUCGCUGGUCUUUCUGGCCAACAUCGCCAUGUUCAUCUAUGUCCUGGCCACGCCGGACCAGAAGCUGCUGGCCCUUGUCAACGCCACGGCAGCCAACGUGCUGGCCUGCGGCCUGGCCCGGCAGCCGCUGGUGGUCAACGCGAUUUUUGUCAUCGUCUGCUCGAUCCCGCGGUCUGCCCCGCUGCGGCUGCGUCGGAUCGCAGCCAAGGUGUACCACUACGGCGGCGUCCACAGCGGCUGCGGCAUCGCCUCGUGCGUCUGGUACGUGGGCUUCGUUGGCCUGCUCUCCAAGCAAUACUGGACCCCAGGCCCAGCCCCAAGUGCCGCCGCCUCCUUCUCCGUGCUGCCCAUCGUGCUGGCCUACCUCAUCCUGGUGCUGCUGCUAGCCAUCAUCGCCGUGGCCCACCCGACCUUCCGCUCCAAGCGGCACGACUCCUUCGAGCUCACGCACCGCUUCUCCGCCUGGCUCGUGGUCAUCCUCUUCGUGAUCCUCCUGCUCGUCUUCGCCGACGAGACCAGCCGCGCCACGGCCCAGUCCCUGGGCUCCUUCCUCACCCACCUCCCAGCCUUCUGGUUCCUCCUCCUCACCGUCCUCGCCAUCCUGCACCCCUGGCUCCUCCUCCGCAAAGUGCCCGUCCGCGCCGAGCCGCUCUCCCCACACGCCGUCCGCCUGCACAUGAGCCACGCCACCACCACCUUCGGCAAGGGCAUCCAGCUCGCAAAGCACCCGUUGCGCGACUGGCACGGCUUCGCCACGUUCCCCGAUCCUCUCCCUGCCCCGGGCCCCACCACCACCACCACCACCCCAACCUUCUCCAGCCUCAUCUCCAAAGCCGGCGACUGGACCUCCGCCACCAUCAAAUCCCCACCCCCCCAUCUCUGGAAACGCGGCGUCCUCGUCUACGGCUUCGCCUACGCCAUGCGCGUCUUCCGCCGCCUCAUCGUCGUCACCACCGGCUCCGGCAUCGGCCCCUGCCUCUCCUUCCUGGGCGACGACCACCGCCCCGCCCUGCGCGUGCUCUGGCAGACCCGCGCCCCGCUGCGUACCUACGGGCCGGCCAUCCUCUCGCUCGUGAAAACGCUCGACCGGGACCCGCUGGUGAUCGAUACCAAUUCCUCCGGGCGGGUCGAUAUGGUUCCGGAGAUUCGGCGGCUGUAUGCGGAGUUUGGCGCCGAGGCGGUUUGUGUGAUUAGUAAUCCGGUGGUGACCAAGAGGGUGGUGUUUGAGUUGGAGAAGGGGGGGAUUCCGGCGUUUGGGCCGAUUUUUGAUUCAUGA